CUGCCCUGCCUUGCAUUUCUCCGCUGGUGGGCCUGAGCUGCUGGGAUCAGCCAAGAAGGUGAACGUGAAUUUCCAAGACACUGAUGGGUUCUCAGCCUUGCACCACGCUGCCCUCAACGGCAACACGGAACUCAUCCUGCUGCUGCUGGAGGCUCAGGCGGCGGUGGAUAUCAAGGACAACAAAGGGAUGCGACCUUUGCACUACGCUGCCUGGCAAGGGAAAAAGGAGCCCAUGAAGCUGGUGCUGAAGGCCGGCUCGUCUGUGAACGUCCAGUCUGAUGAAGGGCAGAUCCCACUGCACCUGGCCGCGCAGCACGGGCACUACGAUGUGUCCGAGAUGCUCCUUCAGCACCAAUCUAACCCCUGCAUCCUGGACAACUCCGGCAAGACUCCCCUGGACCUGGCGUGCGAGUUUGGGCGUGUUGGGGUGGUGCAGCUGCUUUUGAGCAGCAACAUGUGUGCUGCCCUCCUGGAGCCCAAGCCGGGGGACAUCACCGACCCCAACGGGACCAGCCCUUUGCACCUGGCCGCCAAGAACGGGCACAUUGACAUCAUCCGGCUUCUCCUCCAGUCUGGGAUUGACAUCAACCGGCAAACCAAGGCCGGCACCGCCUUGCACGAAGCGGCGCUGUGCGGCAAGACCGAGGUGGUGCGCCUCCUCCUGGAUAGUGGGAUCAACGCCCACAUCCGGAACACUUACAGCCAGACGGCGCUGGACAUAGUGAACCAGUUCACAGCCACCCAAGCCAGCAAGGAGAUCAAGCAGAUGCUCCGAGAUGCUUCUGCAGCCCUGCAGGUGAGGGCCGUGAAAGAUUAUUGCAACAAUUAUGACCUGACCAGCCUCAACGUGAAAGCCGGAGACAUCAUCACGGUUUUGGAGCAGCACGCAGAUGGUCGGUGGAAAGGCUGUAUCCAUGACAACCGGACCGGCAAUGACCGCGUCGGCUACUUCCCAUCCAGUCUGGUGGAAGCCAUCAGCAAACGCACAGGCAAAUGGCUGCUUCUCCUUAUGGGCUCCUGCAGGGAAAAGGUUUUGGAGCAGCACGCAGAUGGUCGGUGGAAAGGCUGUAUCCAUGACAACCGGACCGGCAAUGACCGCGUCGGCUACUUCCCAUCCAGUCUGGUGGAAGCCAUCAGCAAACGCACAGGUUCAUGGGAUGCGGGCCCUCCCCUGGGGCCGUUCCAAGCCAUCUCCCUCCCGCUGGCUGGCCGGGCCUCGGUGCCCAACGGCCACUCCUGCCUCAUCCUCUCCUCCUCCUCCUCUUCCUCCUCCAUCAUCACCACCUCCUUCACCUUCUCCCAUCAUCCGGUCCAUUUCCUGCCUCCACCAAACCCCAGGCAACCUCUUUUCAGUUCCUUUGGCUACCACAGGCUCCCGCACGGGGCGGUGGAAGGGCCUGGCGCCGACCCAGGUUCCCGAGGCUCUGACGCCAGCCCAUCCCACUUGUCGCCAUCACCAGGCGGAUCGGCCACCACGCCAGCCGCCGCAGAAGAGAUCUGGGUGCUUCGCAAACCCUACGCAGGUGGGGACCGCAGCAGUGUGGGCAGCACUGGAAGUGUGGCCAGCGGACGGAGCUCGGGGAGCGGGCAAAGCACUGCAAGCGGCGGCCACGCAGCCCUUCAUCCGGGUUCAGAAGGCGUUAAGCUGCUGGCAACGGUCCUUUCCCAGAAGGCGUUGGUACAAGAAUCUGCCGUGGGUGACGGGUCCGCCAAAGCUGCCGAUGCGCCUGCAGGUGCUGGAUGCUCCGUGGUCGGGCUCUGCCCGGUCCGGAGCUCUUUUUCCCCCAUUUCCUUGACGAGGGGCUGCUCCUGCUCCAAGAUCCUUCUUUCCUUCCUUCUUUCUGAGCUAACCAUGACCCUCCCGCUCUGCUGCUGCCAGGCCUUCGCUUGCUUUGGUUCUUCUCGGACCCCGAGUUUGAGCGGCGCAUCGUACCCGAGUCAGCCUUCCCAUGGCGAGCAACCGCUCAAGAAGGUGGAGCCAAUGUCGGAGGGGAAAAGCUCCGAGGCCGUCUACCAAUGGCUGUGCAAGUUCCAGCUGCAACUCUAUGCCCCCAACUUCAUCAACGCUGGGUAUGACAUCCCCACCAUCAGCCGGAUGACACCCGAGGAUUUGACGGCCAUCGGGGUCACCAAACCGGGACACAGAAAGAAGAUUGCCUCUGAGAUCAACAACCUCAAUAUUCCCGAGUGGCUCCCAGAGUACAAGCCUGCUAAUCUGGCUCUCUGGCUCUCCAUGAUUGGGCUGGCCCAGUAUUACAAAGUCUUGGUGGAAAACGGCUACGAGAACAUUGAUUUCAUCACUGACAUCACUUGGGAAGACCUGCAAGAGAUUGGCAUCACCAAACUGGGCCACCAGAAGAAGCUGAUGUUGGCGGUGAAGAAGCUGGCCGAGAUCCAGAAGGCCGAAUAUGUCAAGUACGAGUCCGGGACGCUGAAGAAGAAAGGGGCGCCCCAGUCGCUGGACACGGUGGCCAUUGAGUCCCCGCAGCAGGAAGCGGCCGAGUGCCAGUCGCCCAAGAUGACCACUUUCCAGGACAGUGAGCUGAGCAAUGAGCUGCAGGUGGCCAUGACGGGCACCGGCGAGGAGGGGACAGAGAAGCAGGGGAACCACGUGGGGCAUUUCCGCGAAGGGGCCGCCUACCGGCACCCCUCCCGCCUCGCCCACGAGAACAGCCUGAGCGGGCGGGCGAAGCAUAUGAGUAGCUCCCAGGAGCUGCUGGGAGACGGGCCCAAAGCCGCCACCAGCGCGGCAGCCAUGUCCAAGAGCCAGGAGUACCUGGCCGAAGACGGGAAGGAGAGUCCGGCCACCCUGCCCAAGGAGGUGCGGACCCUCCGACCCGGGCACAGCAUCAAGAGAGCGAGCGUUCCCCCCGUGCCCGGCAAACCCCGGCAAUCGUUCCCCCCGGCCGCCGGCCACUACACCCCUCCGCAGACCCCCACCAAGCCCCGUCCCUCAUCACCGCAGGCGUCGGGCAUGCCCCACGCCACCGCCAAGGUCAAACCCACGCCUCAGCUGCUGUCACAGUCCGACCGCCCCAUGUCUCCGCGCUCACUGCCUCAGUCCCCUACGCAUCGGGGCUUUGCCUACGUCAUACCGCAGCCCGUGGAGGGAGAUGCCCACGGUGCCAGCCCCUUGGCACAAGCCGUACCGGUCCUGCCCGUCUCAGUGCCGGUGCUCUGCCUGCCCCCUCAGGCCGGCGAAGGGGAAGAAGAGGGUGGCCGGCCAAAGAAGAGGGCCCACAGCUUGAAUCGUUACGCUGUCUCAGACAGCGAGCAAGAGCGGGACGAGUUGUUGGUGCCUGACGCGGGGCCCUAUGCCACCGUGCAGCGCCGGGUUGGGCGCAGCCACUCUGUGAGGGCACAGUCGGGCAACGACAAGAACGUCAACCGCAGCCAAUCCUUUGCCGUGCGGCCAAAGAAGAAGGGGCCGCCUCCGCCCCCGCCCAAACGCUCCAGUUCGGCCAUUUCCAGCAGCAACAUGACGGACGACUUCGCACGGGAAGGCGAGGAUGGCCAGGAGCCUUCCCUGGAACAGCACCAGAGACGGGCCAGUGACUUUGGUGGCACUGUGGACACAGGGAGUGCCGGGAGCGUCAAGAGCAUCGCCGCCAUGUUGGAAAUGUCCUCCAUUGGUGGUGGGGCCCGAGGGCUUGCCCUCCAGAAGCCGCCUGGGGCUGGGAAGGGCCCUGAUGGCUACUACCUGCAGCCUGGGGUUGCCGUGCACCCAGCCAGCCCUGAACACUCCCGUGUGGCGACCGUCCUGGCCAGCGUAAAGCACAAGGAGGCCAUCGGGCCGGACGGCGAGGUGGUGAACCGUCGGCGCACCAUCAGCGGCCCCGUGACUGGACUAGUUGCCGCUGCUCGCCGCGAACGCUCAGACAGCGUCAAGUCGGACACAUCCAAAGAGGGCAGCCCCGUGGAGCGGCUGAGGGCAGAACACAGCGGAGGCUCCCUGCAUAACAGUUCCGGGGAGAACAUUCCCUUUGCAGAAGAGGGCAGCCUGACCAUCAAGCAGCGUCCCCGGCCGAUGGGUGUCGCCAAGGCUGAGGGUGACCUCGUCCCCCAGCGCUAUGGCGACCUCUCCAAGGUGGAGGCCAGCGCCACCCUCAAGAGGAGGAUCCGGGCCAAGCAGAGUCAACAGGAGGGGGUCAAGUUCAUCCUCACAGAGUCGGACACGGUGAAGAGGCGGCCAAAGUUGAAAGACAAGGAGCAGGAGCCGGCCCCCUUGUCUGUCUACCAGAAUGGCACAGCGACCAUCAAACGGCGGCCAGCCUCCGAGAUGAGCGGUGCGGAGGUGGCGCCUCCUCCCGAUCAGCAAGAGAGAUACAACUAUCCUGCAACCCAGCCCUCUGGGGAAGGGGAACCGAAGAAGGUUGUCAAGCCGCCGGUUUCGCCCAAGCCCGUUUUACCCCAGAAAGUCUCUGGGCCUCCUACGCCCACCUCCAAAAAGGUCCCAAUUCCUGGUCCUGGCAGUCCAGAAGUCAAGCGUGUCCAUGGGACUCCACCCCCGGUCUCUCCAAAGCCGACCCCGCCCCCAACUGCCCCAAAGCCGAAGGUCCACGCUGCCCUCCAGUCGGUGAGCGCCAGCUCCACCCCUGCCCCGUCGCCUGCCAAGCAGCUCAUCCCGACCAUCAAGCCUUCCAGUACGCCCCCCUCGCUCUGUUCCAGCCCAGCUAAGCCCUUGUCCCCUGGAGGGGUGCCCCCUCAGACAGUGCCGGUCAAGCCACCUCGCUCCUCCAUGGCGGGGCCUUCCGUGGAGAGCGUCAGCAGCGAAAGCGUGCACCAGAAACUGGAGGAGACCAGCGCCUCCCUUGCUGCAGCCCUGCAAGCUGUGGAGGAGAAGAUCAAGCAGGAAGACGGACAAACAGCAGACUCCACCACAGAAUCCAAGAGCACGGUCAGCAUUCUGGACGACAUCGGCAGCAUGUUUGACGACCUCGCUGACCAACUGGACGCGAUGUUGGAAUGAGAGCUGGAGAACCCUCCCAGCCAACCUCAGGAUCUGCCAUGGGCACAAGGGCGCAAUCAUCUCCACGACAAUCUUCUCCUUCUUCCCUUCCUCCAUCUUUUGAGGUUUGCACAAAGAAGAUUUAAGAUUACCUCAGAAUUGUGCUGAAACAAACCCGAGAUGCUUGGGGGGGGGGGCACGGCGAGGCUUCCUCGAGGCCAGGUUUGCAGGAGCAAAAAGAAAAAAAGGACCUCUCUCUCUCUCUCUCUUGUGUCUUCUUCCUUCCUUCCCUCCCCAUCGAAACACCUGCUGAUCUUGGGGAAUAUGAGGUGACUGCCGUUCUCCUCCUGAAAAUGAAAUGAAAAGGCCAAGACGCCUGAUCACGGGCAGGGGCUUCCAUUCUACAAGAGGAUAGGGAUCUUCAGACUUUCCUCCAAUGCAGCGUCCCAGGCAAAUCUGCUCCACUCCCUCAAAAACUUGCAUCUUCUCCUUUAAUUUGGGAAGUCGUUCCCGCUACCCUCUCUCCCAACCAGUCCUCUCCCCCCCCCCAUUGCUCGGUCCCAAUAUGUUAUUGAGAUGUGUGGCACAAAUAAGUAUUAGUCUUCUCUGGUUCUUCAUGUUUUCCAUUUCGGUUAAAGUUUCGUCUUGGUGAGACUCUUUGCCUUCUGUGUUGGUAACGUUCCUUGACUGAGCACUGCUGUGGGCUCUCUUGGGGGCACCUGCUGGGGUCCCUGGCCCUGUCUGCCAUCGUUGGGGAAACGCUGGUAGAGGCUGGGGGGGGGCAGAGGCGGCCCAAGGGAAGCUGGGAGUCCGGGAGGCUGUCGGCUAGCUGCAUGCUUUGUUUCUUUGUCCCGAAGGUGUUUGUCUUCUCCUGGUGAUGAUGAAGCUGUGACUGUAAGAAAUUUUGUUCGUUUGAUGAGUCCCACUUGAGAUAUAAGCUCCUUUUCCCUCCUGCCCCUUUCUGUUUGUCUUGGGAAGCAGUAUUCCUGGCAAGGGCCGUGCAGAAGCUUUGGUACAUUUGCAUGAUUGAGAACAGUGUUGAAACAUGAAAAGAAAAAAGGAAAAAAAAAAGAGGAAAAACCAGAAACACCCUGUCCAAAAUCCCACUGUAAAUAUUCCCAGGUAGCUUAUGCAGCUACCCUAAAAUAGUUAUCUAUCCCCAGUUCCUUUUUGGUUUUCCUUGGGGGGAAAAAAAGAACUCUAGGUAAAGGGCAGUUCUGAGCAUGAGGGACUUAACAUUGCACUUUCUCUUUGCUUCCAAAGAGUUUGCCACUGAUUGGACAAUUCAGCCUUCCUUACGUACAGCUUACCAUGAUUGUUUCUUGGGAGGAUCCGAGAGGAGAGAGGUGACAGGAAACCAUGGACAGACAUGGCAAUAUGGGAGACGGUAUCAGUUCUGGGAAACCUUUUCUCCCGAAGCAGCAAUAUUUCAGCAGAGACAACGGUGGUUCUGUCGACUAGCAGGAGUUUAGUGAACGGAAAGCUCCCUCUCCAGGCAUUAUUACUGUUCCUUCAAAUGCAACUUUGGCUGCAUCCCAAGAGGAUUCUGCCUCAAUGAAGGAAUCGCAAGCGUUAGCCGGGAUGUGAUCUGCAUCUUGGCCUCUUGGUUUCCAACUCGGAGGAAACUCUGGCCUUAGUCAGUCUUGGGCACUUGCCCCGUUGGCUCAGUCUGGACCUUGGUGGGGCGGUCUGCUCUCCCACGAGGCAGGUCCGUUGGGGCUGCCGGUGUGCCUACGGAAGGUCCGCCUGAUGACGGGCCACUGGGGAAAGUUCACAAACAAAGCUCAUCGUUCCUCUGACUAGGAGCAUGCACAUUUUGCAAUGUCUUCAGCCAUGGAUAUUGUUGAUUUUGAAAGAAAGGAAAAAAUGCUGGUGCAGCCAAGCAGGGGCUGCUCUAGCUAGUGCCUCUUGCAGGAGAGGCCCUUUGUGGUGCGAGGUUUCAGGGGAGAAGCUGAGAACAGAAGAUUGGGUUCCUGCACCUAGACAGAAAGUCUGUAGGAUGCCGUGAGUGCCCCUUCUAAAUAGUUCUCUCUCCCUGUUCCUGUUGGUGGCAGUAGGAAUGUAGGAGCCUUUUGUAGAGACAUACAAAAGGAGGGAAAGGUCCCAGAAGGUCAACAAGUCAUGAGCGUUGAUGUUGGUCUAGACUGCUCUGCAGCUGCUACACCUUGUGAAGCCUUCUAAGUUUUCUGGAUGCCGCUUCACGGACCCAUACCAUUCCUCUUUAAACAAGCACAAUAGGAGAACCCCCCCCAGGAUGGGCUACCCCUUCCUCUUCUCCUCCAGCUGCAGAGUUGCCGCUCUUCUCGGACAUCUCCGCCCGCCCCCCGGUGACAUUUCUUGAGCAUACGCUCUCCCCACAGCUGAUCUUGAUGACUGGAUACGGCAGAUGACCAGGAUUGGUGAUAGCUUGACUGGAAGGACAGCUCCUGUAAGGUGUCUCGCAUGAACUGGAGCACUGAAGCUGGCUUGCUCUCGUUGACGGGUAGCCUAGAAAUCCCAGGUGCAUUCUUCCGUUUUGCUACUGGACAAGCAUUAAGCGGAGAUCUAUUGUCCUCUUGGGGCCUGAGACUAGCUAUGGGCAAUCUUAAACUUUUGGCAGGUACUUGUUGGUUGUGAUAAUCAGCUCACAACAUUCUCCAAGAAAGGCAAUUUCAGAGGGAGUGCCAGCGCGCAACUGUUUUGAGAACCUCCUCCUAUCUCAGCUAGAUUAGCUUUGGAGUGACUUCAGCCUGUCCCAUUUCACCUUUCUGUGUGGGCACUCCACAAGGACUGUCCCAAAGGCCUCUCUUAAAGCAUAUUCCCAUCGAAGCUGUUGUCUGGAUCUCUGGCCAUUCUUCUGCAUCCUCCUUGCCAUGGGCAACUGAACCACAGGAAGCUCUGCUCUCUCUGUGUGUGUGUCUCUGUUCCUUACAGCGUUCCCUGCCUUACUUUUUCAAGCGUUGCUUUCCUAUUUUAGACUCAGCACAUCCUCCACUGUGUUGACAUGUUGCUUUCAGAUCUUUUCAGGGCUACAACAACUUGGUCUGUUCUCUCCUGUUCUUUUCUCGCUCCUUGCUGCUUCCAGCACUCGUACAUGACAAUCUUUUCUAUACCUCAUCUUCCUUCUGUUCCAUCUUCCCCUUGAACCUGGCAUGCAAGCAAUAGAUGUCAUUGGGACCUUAGAAAAAGCCAGGUACCAUUUUCCUGCAAUUUUGGUUGCGAUCUCCCUCUGAUUUUCACUGCUCUUUUAAUGAAGUCGGCAGGCCCUUCCCCAGCAGGGCACUCUUUGGGAAAAGGGGUUCUCCUUCAGGCCAGUCCAUCCUUCUCUAGGAAACAUUUCUGAGCUUCCAUGACUUCAACUUCUCUUCAGAGGAUGGUUGUACUUAGAUCCACUCCUGGUUUCUGUUAUCAUAUGUGUCAAGCCUUUCUCUGCUUUCCUCUCUCUUUCCAAAUCUUUUCCAUUAAAAUCCAGAAUUAUAUAUAUAUAUACCCAGUCACUUGCCAAUCUUGGCUUGGGAAACAAACGUUCUGCGGAUCCUGGAUCCAUCAGUUCUGAUCAAUGUUCUCAGGAUUACCUACAGUCAUCCUUUGCCAUGACUACCUUUUUUUGAGCAAGGCCAUCAUCAUACUCCUUCGACCCAUUCAUUGUUGCUCCCUGUGGGUGUUCGCGGACAUCCAGCAGUGACUGACAGGCUACAGCGAAACAGUUGGGUUCUGUCAUUGCCCUGGUGGAUGGGCGUCUCCUCUUGAAACAGCCAUGUUUAUGAAUGUUCUUACAUGUGGAAACAAAAUCAAGCUUUUCUUUUACGGGGGUGGUUAUAAGGGAUGAAAGAAAAAAAAAUAAGCUAUAUAAAGGAGUAUUAAUUUAUUGGGAAAAAAAUAUUUAAGAUGGAUUUUCCCCUAGAGAUAAUUAACAGAAAAGGAAAGGACUUUAAUAUAUAUUAAAAAGAUUUUAAGAUAUUACAGUUGUAUAUUAAACAGUUUUAAGAGAUCAAAUGGAAGGAACUGGAGUUUAGCUUGACUAUUAGACUUAUAAGCUGUGUGUCUUGUGGUGAGAUCAUUUAAAAGAGUAGCACAAUGUUUUAAAAAAAAGGUACAGUUUCUCUUCUUUUCAAAAUGUGCGAAAACAUGUUUCCGUUAAAAUAGCUUUGUUUUUGUUGGCCAUGUUCGUUUUACAGUUUUAUCAAAAAUCAAAGGAUGUGCCUUGUUUUAUGAAUUUUUUUUGUUCAGUCAUAUCUCUGACAAGUGUGUGUUUCUUUUUCCUGUGUGCUUCUCUCUCUCAAUCUCUCUCUCUCUCUCUUUAAGUUGGGAUGUGUGUGUCUGCUGUGCCCAUGUAUGUAUGUAUGUGUGUGUAUGUGUGUUUAAAUGCAUGUGUGUGGAAGUACUUAAAUGUGUAUGCACAGCGGUAUAUUGAUGUACAAAUGAGAGUCAGUCCAGUUUAAACAUGGCUUUUGACGUCUGGGGCGCAGUCCUGUCUCGCUCCUGUGCGCUGUGGUUUUUGAGACCCAAGUUGCUGUGUGAGUGAGGGGCACACGCUCUCCUUUCUUUUCUUGAGUACAGAAAGGUCUGCCUUUGCUGAUCUCCAAAAUGUGUCUGGCACAACUUUGAAAUUUCUUACUUAAAUAAAUAAAUAAAUAAAUACAGAGACAACAUAGAAGAUACCUGUUGUAAAGAGAAACAAAAAUGUAUCUUAAAAAUAUUCCAAGAUUCUAAUGCUGGAUAUAUACAUAUUAUAUAUAUAUUAUAUAUUUUUAUUAUUAAGUUAUGGAAACUGUAUUGUAUUUCCAUCCUGUCAGAGCUAUGCAUCUUGCGGCCAACCUCCUCUUCUUGCUUCGUGCGUCCCACCUGUAUUAUUAUUAUUAAUUAUGAUGAUGAUGAUGAAUAUUAAUAUUUGAUGGCUUUUGUGGUGCUGUAAAGAUUUUUGCUCUUAUUUAAAAAACAAACCAACCAGAGUGUCUGGCUACAAAUAUUUAAAGAAACGUGAAAAAGCAGCCCCAGCUUGUCACUAUUACUACACGUAUGGGACUGUAAAAGAAUCUCUUUUUUUAUUGUUUAACUCAUUGGAGUGGCACCGGGGGGGUGGAGGGGGGUGGAAUCCCAGUUCAGAGGCUGCUGGAUCCAGGGCGGCCCAGGUGCUGAUCCCACCGCAGUUCCCAGAACAAGGAGGCUGUGAGGUGGAUGCCUUUUUCUGGCCAUCGGUGCUUAAUAAUAAACGUCCGAACCAUCAGGG